AUGGGGAAGAAUGGGAGCUUGUUUUCUGCGUUGAAGAGAGCUCUGAGCUAUGAAUCGAAAGAGAAGAAAUAUAAGAAAAACAAUAAAUCAAAAAGGUGGUUUGGAAAACAGACGAGUGGAGAUUUGGAUUCUUCCAAUGCAGAAGAAAAUGCUUUGGUGGUUCCUGCAGCCGAUGGUCUGGUGGAGGAAUUAAAGUUGACGGAAGCUGAAGACGAGCAGAAUAGGCAAGCUUAUUCUGUUGCUCUUGCAACUGCUGUAGCUGCAGAGGCAGCAGUUGCAGCUGCUCAGGCUGCUGCAGAGGUUGUUCGACUCAUAACUGUAUCCCGUAAUUUGGGUAAAACUAAGGAAGAAAUAGCUUCUAUCAAAAUUCAGACAGCUUUCCGAGGGUACUUGGCAAGGAGAGCAUUGAAGGCAUUGAAAGGACUGGUGAGACUGAAAUCAUUGGUUCAAGGGCAUUCUGUUAAACGUCAAGCGACAACUACCUUAAAAUGCAUGCAGACACUGGCUCGUGUGCAAUCUGAGAUUUGUGCGAGGAGAAUUAGAAUGUCAGAGGAUAAUAUGGCUCUUCAGCGACAGCUCCAGAAGAAGCAUGAGAAGGAGCUUGAAAAAUUGAGAGCAUCUACUGGAGAGAAUUGGGACGACAGCAUGCAGUCUAAAGAACAGAUUGAAGCAAAUCUUCAACACAGGCAGGAAGCAGCUAUGAGAAGGGAGAGGGCAUUGGCUUAUGCGCAUUCACAUCAGAAAACACAGAAGAAUUCAAAAUCUUCAAAUCAAACUUUUAUGGAUCCAAAUAAUCCCCGUUGGGGUUGGAGUUGGUUAGAGAGAUGGAUGGCUUCCCGGCCAUGGGAAAAUGGAAGUGAAGUCGACAAAGAACUUAACAGUGAUCAUGCUUCCAUGAAGAGCCCGGCAAGUUGUGUCGUUUCUGUUGGGGGAAUUAUGAGGACUCAAUCUCACCGUGUUGAUAACAAGCCUUCUACUACAAGGCACAAACAAAGUCGACCUCCCAGCAGGCAAUCACCUUCGACUCCGCCCUCAAAGGUUUCUGGAAGAUUAAUAAAGGGAAAUGGUGCCACGGAAGAUGAUUGGAGGAGUUUGAACAGUGUACAAUCGGAGUUUUAUAGGAGGCAAAGCAUAGCAGGAUCCUCGGUGAGAGACGAUGAAAGCCUUGCAAGUUCACCUGCAGUUCCAGGUUACAUGGCUGCCACAAAAUCAGUAAAAGCUAAAUCUCGGUUGUCAAGUCCGUUGCAAUUAGAAAAGAAUGGCACUCUGGAGAAGGUUUCACCUGGUUUUGCAAAGAAACGGCUAUCAUUCUCUGCUUCCCCUUCUUGCCCGAGGAGGCAUUCCGGCCCCUCUAAGAUUGAUACUAUUUCUGUUAAGACAUCAAUGUGA